AACUGCCUGGCAAGCUGGGAAAAUGGUGGGGUAGCGCCAAACAGCAAUAAAGCUAAAGUGGAUUCUCUUUCCUCUACACGUCCUUCUGCCCCGCCUUCCUGCGUAUCACCUCAACUUCCCCCGAUUUCAUCAUCCUUGAUACCCUACAUACAUAUAAAACAAGGUUCUUUGAAGCCAUUUUACCCCACUUCAACUUCAACCUCUCAACAUCGCAAUCAUGGUUAAAGCUGUUGUUGCCGGCGCCUCUGGCGGUAUUGGCCAGCCCUUGUCCCUCCUUCUCAAGCUCUGCCCUCUCAUUGACGAGCUUGCCCUCUACGAUGUCGUGAACACCCCCGGCGUCGCUACCGAUCUUUCUCACAUCUCCUCGACUGCUAAAGUCACAGGCUACCUGCCCAAGGAUGAUGGCGGCAAGAUCGCUUUCAAGGAUGCGGACAUCAUUGUCAUCCCCGCCGGCAUUCCCCGCAAGCCCGGCAUGACCCGUGAUGAUCUCUUCAACAUCAACGCUGGAAUCGUCAAGGGUCUGGUCGAGAUCGCUGCCGAGGUUGCCCCCAACGCCUACAUCCUCGUCAUCUCUAACCCCGUCAACUCCACCGUCCCCAUCGCCGCCGAAGUCCUCAAGGCGAAGGGUGUCUUCAACCCCCAGAGACUGUUCGGUGUUACGACCCUCGACAUCGUCCGUGCCGAGACCUUUGUUGCCGAGAUUGCCGGCCAGAAGACUGGCUCUGAUUUAACCGUUCCCGUUAUUGGUGGUCACUCUGGAGAGACAAUCGUUCCUCUCUUCAGCAAGGUUAGCCCCAGUGUCACAAUCCCCGAUGACAAGUACGAUGCGCUCGUCACCCGUGUCCAAUUCGGCGGUGACGAGGUCGUCAAAGCCAAGGACGGCGCUGGUUCCGCUACCUUGUCCAUGGCUUUCGCCGGAUUCCGCUUCGCGGAGAAGGUGCUGAAGGCCAUCAAGGGUGAGAAGGGUCUCGUCGAGCCCAGCUUCGUCUACCUAAAGGGUAUCCCUGGCGGAGAAGAGAUUGCAAAGGCCACUGGCCUAGAGUUUUUCUCCGUCCCUGUUGAGCUGGGACCCAAGGGUGCCGAGAAGGUCACCAACCCUCUUGCUGGUAUCACCGAGAAGGAGAAGUCUCUGGUAGACGUCGCCAUCCAAGGUCUGAAGACCAACAUUGAGAAGGGCAUUAGCUUCGCUCACAACCCCCCUCAAAAGUAAUUACCCCCUGAUUUAUCCCCGGAUGAUUUUUGCCUCGUUCACGAAGCCUAGCACUGCUGUUAUGUAAUGAGUUCUACCACGGGAGCAUUUUCCCCGAUAGGUUUGGCGUGGUUUAUAGAAAGAGUCAAACCAGACAGUUGAACGAUAAUUGAGAUCGAGUCACUGAUCCUAUGA